AUGUAUAUGGAUACUUAAGAGUCAAGAAACCCUCGAUCUCCAUCAACCGUUCAAUCCUAGGGCAGAAAAUAGCAUUUCUAAAAAAAAAAAAAUCGAAAAUACUUCAUUUCUUUUUCGUAUUUCCAAGGAGCAUUAAUAAUUAAAUUGCCAUCUGUCCAAAAUUUGAUCAAACCAUUUCUUGUGCAAUAUUACAGACCAGUAUUUUUUAUGGCAAACUGAAACAGACUCAGUUUUUGAAUACUUCUACAGUACCCAAUAUCGUUAUACAACGCCCUACACAUUUAUUACAAAAUGGGCUGCCUCUUUUUGUCACAAAUAGGAAGAGGCUUUUAUGCUACACCUAAUGUAUGUAGAGUUGGUUUGGAAGUGCCUCAAGGGAUAAAGAGGGUAAAAAAAUUGAAAAAUUUGCCCAAUGUAAAUUAUUAUCAACAGCUGCUUCUAAUUUGUUUUCUUUUUUUUUAAAGGAAAAAAGUUCCCUAAAGUGCUAGGCCUUCCAACACUCUGUGCAAUUCGCACAGUAAAACCAUUUCCACUUUAAUGAGAACCACCAUUGCCUACUUGCACUUAUCUAACUAGUGUAAAUCGUCGGUAACCAUAGCAACCUUUUGUUUACACAUUAUGCAGUCCAAAACAUCCCAGUGUUUCAACAGCUGUCACAAUGGAAAAAAACUUGAUUUACAGAUUUUUGACAUUCCUCAGAGAGUUUGCUGUAUCAUUUAUAAGCUGUAACAUACCGUUCAUGAAGUUUUAGUUUUUAGCAAACCUUUCAUGACCACAUUUGGACUUUAUUUCGUGCAUAUUGAGUUUGAUCGUCUCCAUAUUCUUGAAAACCUGGAUAUAUUUUUGGAAAUGAAAUUGGAAAGGUUGAAAGUUCUUUUUUUUCUUUUCUUGUUUUAAUGAACAAGAAGAAGGAGGAAGAGGAGUAAAUUCUGUUCAUGCCAGUCCAGCACGAAUUUUCUGUAAAUUUUAAUUCAACUUGGGUAAUCCAUUGUAUGGAAGAAAAAGAACUUGCUACUGUGUACCUCUUCAUUAAUAACUUUGGUACGGUGUUUUCUUUCAAGUUUCAAAAACAUUAGUGUGUGAAUUGAUACAUAAUGCAAACAUGGAUGUAUUUUACUCUGCGUUGAGUGAGUUUAGAAGAAGAAAAUUCGAGGAUUGCAUCAACCACUGCACUCAAAUCCUGGAAAAAAGCCCGUAUGAUCAGGCAGCAUGGACUUUAAAAAUGAAGGCUUUAACAGCUCAAGUGAUGGUCGAUGAUAUCGAAGUGGAGGAAGAAGGUAUCGCUGACUCAGUUUUAAACGAAACCAUGGCUACAACUGCUCGCCCUGGAACAUCGUUCAAGAACCCCACCGUUCUGCAAUCUUUAGCUCUCGGUGCUCAGAGACCAAAAACAAAUACAGGACGGCCUGUGAGUGGAGUUGUUCGACCAGGAACCAUCGGGAGCCGCGGCACCCUGGAACAAGCCCUGCGGACUCCAAGAUCUGCCAGUUCAGCUCGACCAGCCACGGCCCAGUCUGGACGAGCAAUUAGACUUGGAACUGCCUCAAUGUUAACCCAAAGUGAGGGACCUUUCAUUCAACUCUCACGACUAAACCUAGCCAAAUAUGCUUCAACCAAAGCUGUAUCAAAACCAUUAUUUCAGUACAUUUUCUAUCAUGAAAAUGAUAUUUUGCGGGCUAUGGAUCUUGUGGUUGAGGCCAUGAAAGUAUGCGAUCAGAAAGAUUGGUGGUGGAGAUUACAACAUGGUAAAUGUUACUACAUCUUUGGUAUGAUGCGAGACGCAGAGACAGAACUCAGGGCUGCCUUGAAGCUGCUACCAACCCUUGAAGUUUUCCUGUGGUUGACAAGAAUUUACAUCCGCCUGGAUCAGCCUGUCACUGCGUUGGACCUUUGCCGCACUGCUCUACAAAUCUUCAAGGAUGAAGUUACGCUUUUGACAGAUAUUGCAAGAAUAUUUGAGGGAAUAAACAAUAUCCCACUAUCUGUCAAGUAUUAUCGAGAAAUAUUACACCAAGAUGCCAUGAACGUAGAGGCAGUAGCCUGCAUUGCUGUGCAUUAUUUUUACUCUGACCAACCAGAAUUGGCUCUUCGAUUUUACCGGCGUCUACUUCAAAUGGGAGUCUAUAAUGCAGAACUCUUCAACAACCUAGGUCUCUGCUGCUUCUAUGCCCAGCAGUAUGACAUGGUCGUGUCGUGUUUCGAGCGAGCACUCAGCCUAGCUGAAAAUGAAAAUGCUGCUGAUGUUUGGUACAACAUCAGUCAUAUCGCAAUCGGUGUCUGUGAUUUAGCCCUUGCAGAGCAAUGCAUACGAUUAGCUUUGUCCAUUGACUCCAGUCAUGCAGCUGCUUGCAAUAAUCUUGCUGUGCUUGAAUACCUCAAUGAAAAUACCUCAGUAUCUUUCUCACUUCUGCAGGCUGCUUCUUCAGUUGCCCCAUCCUUGUUUGAGCUCCACUUUAAUCGUGCCUUACUCACGGAGAUGGUGGGCGACUAUCAUACAAGUUACACUGUUGUACAGAAAUCUAUAGAAGUUCAUCCAGGCCAUACAGACUCUCACAGACUGCUAAAAAAUUUGAAAACUUUCUUCUCCUACCUAUGAAUUUACUCACACCGCAAGGUGUCUUCGGAACCUACGAAUAACUUACAAAAACUAUUCAAACUUGGCUAUAUUUGGAAUACCAAACUUAACCACUAAAUAGGGUAAGAACUCUUAUACUCUGUCUAAUGGAUCCUUGAUCAAGGGGGCAGCCAACAAAAAUUGUGAGGCUGAACUCUUAAGAAUGUUUCUUAUUUCUCUGGUUUGUAUCAAGCCUGUUUUUUAAAUUAUCCUCUUAUCUAUUUCAUUAUUUUAAUUACCUCUGUGAUAACUGUACUCUAUCUUUUCUAUGUUUUGUAAAGCGUUUCCCAGGAACCAAAGCAAUACUUAAAGCCUAAAAAUUGGAAGUUUUUAAUAAACGCUGUAAAAAAAAA